GGGUCUCCACCUCCUCCAGGUGCGUAGCUGUGACUCACCUGGAGAGGGACUGGUACCAGUAAAACCAGACCACUGGCUCCACUUCAUACCUGUCAACUCCUAGUAAUCAGCCUCCCAGACAUGUCGAUGCUUUGCCCAGAUUGUAAUUUAACAUGGUCUGAUUUACAUUACGCGCAAUGAAUGUCACAUGGGGUUUGCUGACGGUAUUGAGUGUGGUGUGCCACACUGAGUCGAGGUGCUCGCCGACAUCUUAUUAUAAAAACUGCUGGAUUCGACGUUUCCCGGGGAUUUUCAUCGAUAUCGAGGAGUCUCAGAGGAGAGGAGCGCAGCUUUUGAAGUAUUACCAAGAGGAGACCGCGCUGAAAUGCAGCCGCACCUGUUGCCUCACGAGAAACUUCUCCUGUAACCUGGCUAUAUUUCACUACGAUACCACUCAAGAAAACGUGAACUGCUUCCACCUGCACUGUCCAACACUGGAGAGCUGUAUUCUCAGUCACAGGGGCAACGUUGUUCUGUACAAUAUCACAAAGGGAGUGGAUCCCGAUCUGCUGGUGUUUGGAAAACACUUCACCUCCAAUGUACGUGUGUUACCCCACCACUACGGUCGAGUCAACGCCUCAGAGCCACUGCCUUCAGACAAGCGCCAGUUCAUACAUCCACCUCCACCUGCUGUCCUGCCUCUAACGUCUGCACCAACAGUUAAACCCACCACCACAACCAGCAGAGUGCUCACCACCACCCACCACUUCCACCUCCAUAGCCUUGCUGCAGCCACUACGCUGCAGAGCACCAGCCAGCCUGCAACAAUCUCCACAACUGUAACUGCAUUGUCUUCCACUUCAGCUGCUCCUUUGACAGUCCUGGGAAACCAUGCGCAAACAACAGCCCCAACAACCACCUCCACCAUUUCUCUUGCACCCAGCUUUACUACAUCUCCUUCAUCCACCUCAGCUGCCACCCUCGACCGUUACAAUCCAGAGACGACUCCUGUCUUUUCUACCACAACCACACGGCCCUCCACAUCCAUCCCCACCUACCCCACCACCUUCUCUCAGUCAGCCACCGACCCUCCAACCUCCAUAGCCCUCAUGGGCAACAUAGAGAGCAGCAAGCAAUACCCCAAUGACACCCAGGGCAGCCUAGGGAGGAACCACACUGCAGGCAGUGAGGAAGGCCAGGGAGUCAGCGGAGAGGACACCUUAGGCGGGUUGGGACCCGGGUGGCACGUAGCUGCCCACACCUUGCUGGUAGCAGUGGCCAUCUGUAUCACAGUGCUGCUGAGCUGCUGCUGCUCCAUCCUGCUGGUUGUGAGCUGGAGGGGUCAGAGGAAGAGGAUGGGACGCUACCAAACAUCAUGGAGAGGGAAAAGAGGCUCCAUGCGUCUGAUUAAGUAUGUGCUGGUCCGAGAGAGCUCCUGAAAGAGGAUCCAAGGAAAAAAAAUGACAACUAACAUGUCUCUUUUGUUUACAUUGAUUUUAUGAAUGAAUGAAUCCAGAAUUAAAAGACAUUUGAUCUAAAUUAGUGUUUUUACCAUCAUAUUUUUGUAAAACAUCAAUUUUCACACACUGCAUUACUCAAAUUGCAGAUAUGGCUUUAUAUUGCUUUAUUUUGAGCAGAUAGGGAUGGAAAUGUAGUUACUGUCAACUGAUAGAGUGAGGCUGAAAUACUGUAUAUUUACACUGAACAGGCAGCGGUAUUUUAUGGUGUAGAUCUGAUUACCAAACACAUUUCUGCCAUGAUUUUGGUUUCAUUUUUGACUCAAUGACUUUUGACAGAAGACCCAAAUUCACCCAAAUGUAUUUGACCACAGCAAUUUGCCUGGAGAAAGACGAUAUGAUGUACGUUUGGCUGACCUAUAUUCUGAUGCACUUCAGUGAGUUUAAACUGAUGUUGAUGCCAAACCUCAAGAACAUUCGCCAGUUGUCUACACUGGUCUUAAGUGGGACUUGGGUGUUUCCAAGCAAAAAAGAAAAAAAAAAAACUGCAAUAAUUCAAGGAUUGUUCAGAUUGUCAACAAUGUGUUGUCCUUUGUGAGGCUAGAGGAGGACUACCUUUUGCCUCAUGGCCUUUGGUGUUUAACCCUCCCGCAGUUGAGAACACCUCUCAGUGCAUUGGGUUUCUCCUGACCUAAAAGUGGACCACAGACCAAACCUCUUUAGGAAGGGUGAGGUACUUUUCAACGGUCUGCUGCUGAAAGCAUCCUUUCACUGGGGUCCCACUCCUCGAUCUGACAGUAAAGAGAGUGGGACGGGAGC